AUACGUGCGCGCGCGUCCGUCUCGUGGUGUCUGUCCCCGUCGCGCUCGUCUCGGCCCGCGCGUGACUCGCGUUUCGCGCGUUCCUUGGUGCGGUGCGGUGUGUCCGAUUCGAGUCGCGGCGCGUCUCCCCGCAUUGUUGUCUUUUUUUUUCGUAUUCUUUACACUUUUUUUCUCCCUCGACUUUCGCCUCUCUCAUCGAGGCUCGAAACCGACGCGAUGUCCUCGCUGAAGGACGAUAAACCGCCGUGCGCCCGACUCUGCCACAUCGUCAAGUGGGACGACUUCCCCGGCUACGGAUUCAAUCUGCACGCGCAGAAGGGCAAGAACGGCCAGUUCAUCGGAAAAGUGGACGACGGCUCGCCGAGCCAGGCGGCCGGUCUGCGUCAGGGCGACCGGAUAAUCGAGGUGAACGAGAUCGACAUCGCGAACGAGACCCACAAUCAGGUGGUCGAGCGCAUCAAGGCGUUUGCCAACGAGACCAAGCUUCUGGUGGUCGAUCAGGAGGCCGACGAUUACUUCAGGGAGAACAACAUCGUCAUCAAGGGCACCAUGGCAAACAUCAAGGUGAUCAAGACGCCGGAGAGGAAUCCCAACAGCGUGGAGGAUCGCUCAGAUGGUAGCAACUGCUCCGUUGACGAGAGUACGCAAAAGUCGAUUGACUCCAACGAUACGGCGCACAGCAACAGCACUGCUGUAGCACAGAUGACGACCAGCAACAGCAGCGGCAAUAUGCGGGAAAAUGGCAACGGCGACGUGAACCACGUGCAUGGCACGGGUAAUGGCAGCGUGGGGGAUGGUGCGAACAACAGCGAGCCCCGAUCCGAAGGUCUAAACCUGAAGAUGAGCGUGAAGGAGCUCAGGGAGCAGCUGGCAAAGCGCAAGAAGUACGACCCGAAGAAGGAGUCAAUCGGCUUCAAGGACAAAUUCGACAUCGUACAGAAACUAUAGAUGUAUCCUCUCGCUCAUGUGACACAUCGGUAAUUCCUUUCCCUUAUUCCUCUCUUUAGAGCCGCCAUCGUCAUUGCCGCUUGACGACGAUGACGACGGUUUCUCUCCUUAUGAUAUAACAUGUCGUGUUAUAACCGAUCAAAUUGUUAUAAUAAAUACGCACGUUGUUUGCAUAAGCGCGGACGCGUCAAGCCUCGAUGUUGAUAUACAUACUCUAUUCAGUGACAAAGAACGUUGCGGAGAAUACUAGGAUAAAAAAAGAUAAUGCUGUUUGUACUAGUGUAAAUAUAUUGUCAAUUUUUCAGUUUUACACGAAGACAAACUUACGUGCAAUCUCUGUUACUUCCACAUCGGAAGUUACGGCAGAUUUCGAAUCAGUUCGACUUAUUAACGUUUAAAAAGUAGAGCUAUAAUAAAGAGAAAGUUUUUUUGUUUGACAUUUCAAAUUAUUAUUUUUUUACAACAAUUAUAGUUACAGAGACCUAAAUAUAUCUAUCGUUUUCUUUUUCGAAGCAAGACA